AUGACAAACUUCAAGAUCCAAAUCAUCUCCGACUCCGUCUGCCCGUGGUGCUAUAUCGGCUUCAAACGCCUCUCAAGGGCAAUAACAUCCCAUAAAAGCCAACAUCCAACCGACAAAUUCACCAUAACUUGGAAAGCAUUCUACCUAAACGCCUCAUCACCGACCUAUCCCGGAACCGACAAGCAAGAAAUGUAUAAAGCGAAAUUCGGCGCCGAGCGCGUCGCGGCUAUGUUCGCUCGUUUAGCUCCUAUCGGUGAGAGUGAGGGUAUUCAUUUCUCUUUUGGUGGGAAUACGGGGGCUACGCGGGAUUCGCAUCGGUUGAUUUGGUUUGCUGGGGAAAUUGAGAAGCAACAACAGCGGGAAGCUUCUGCUACCACCUCUGGCGCUGGCGAGGCCAUUGGCGGCAUACAAACCCGCGUCGUGGAAAACUUAUUCCGCGCUUACUUCGAAGAAGAGAAAAACAUCACCGACAGAGCCGUCCUAAGUGAGGCGGGUAUUAGUGCUGGAUUAGAUGGCGGUGCUGUUCGGGCUCUGCUUGAUGAUGAGGAUGGGAUUGAUGAAGGUGGUGAGGAGGUUGAUGAUGAGGCGGCGGCUGCGUCGAGACAGUUGGUUUCUGGAGUUCCGUACUUUGAAGUUCAGGGGAAGUAUGCUAUUGAGGGGGCUGAUGAGCCGGAGACGUUUUUGGAGAUUUUUCAGAGGGUUAAGGAUGAUGAGUGA